AUGUCUGUAUAUCACGCAUUUUCUAUCUAUCUAUCUAUCUAUCUAUCUAUCUAUCUAUCUAUCUAUCUAUCUAUCUAUCUAUCUAUUCCGGUCUGUUCAUAUCAGUCAGCCUGUUUAUAUCUCACGCUUUUAAUAUUUGUUCUCUCUCUCUCUCUUUUCGUAUAUAUUAUAAAUUCUUUCUUUCUUUCUUUCUUUCUUUCUUUCUUUCUUUCUUUCUUGCUUUCUUUCUUUCUUUCUUUCUUUCUUUCUUUCCAUAAAUUCUCUCUUUCUUUCGUUCGUUCUUUCAUUCAUUCUUUCUUUCUUUCUUUCUUUCUUUCUUUCUUUCUUUCUUUCUUUCUUUCUUUCUUUCUUUCCGAUACUUUUCAUCCUUCCCUUUUACUUUUUUAUUUUCUAGAUAAAUUCUUUCUUUCUUUCAUAAAUUUUUCCUUCUUUCUUUUUUUUUUCGUUCUUUCUUCAUUCAUUCAUUCUUUCUUUCUUUCUUUCUUUCUUUCUUUCUUUCUUUCUUUCUUUCUUUCUUUCUUUCUUUCCGAUACUUUUCAUCCUUCCCUUUUACUUUUUUAUUUUCUAGAUAAAUUCUUUCUUUCUUUCAUAAAUUCUUUCUUUCUUUCGUUCGUUCUUUCAUUCAUUCAUUCAUUCAUUCUUUCUUUCUUUCUUUCUUUCUUUCUUUCUUUCUUUCUUUCCGAUACUUUUCAUCCUUCCCUUUUACUUUUUUAUUUUCUAGAUAAAUUCUUUCUUUCUUUCGUUCGUUCUUUCAUUCAUUCAUUCUUUCUUUCUUUCUUUCUUUCUUUCUUUCUUUCUUUCUUUCUUUCCGAUACUUUUCAUCCUUCCCUUUUACUUUUUUAUUUUCUAGAUAAAUUCUUUCUUUCUUUCGUUCGUUCUUUCUUUCUUUCAUUCUUUCUUUCUUUCUUUCUUUUCUUUCUUUCUUUCUUUCUUUCUUUCUUUCCGAUACUUUUCAUCCUUCCUUUUUACUUUUUUAUUUUCUAG